AUGUCUGGUUCCUCCAGUGUAACCACUUUCCUAUGAAAAAAAGUGGUUCAACAGCUCUGGCUGGAGCCAAGGCUUAACAGUGUAAACAUUUCCCAGGCAGCUGCAGACUUGGAACAAUUCUGUCUGCAGAAUGUUCAACAAGACAGACCUCUGCUGACUGGAGUAUCUUCAAGUAUGAAUCCCUUCAGACCCCAGAAGGUCUGUUCCUUUUCGUAGUAAAAUGAAUCUUUCAAAGGUUUC